UUUCUUUAGUUUUUUCUUGGUAUAAGUUCUUAGUAAUUCGAUCUCUUGGGUCCGGGCAGAAGGGUGGCAAAUGGAGGGACAUAAUUCUUGCUUACAGGACGCUUGGAGUUGUUUUUGGUGGCCUCGUUACUUCUCCUCUCUACGUUUACCCGUCGAUGAACUUGGAGUCUCCGACGGAAGAGGACUACUUGGGGAUCUACAGCAUCAUAUUUUGGACUCUUACUCUGAUUGGGGUUGUUAAGUAUGUUUGCAUUGCUCUGAAUGCUGAUGACCAUGGUGAAGGAGGCACUUUUGCUCUAUAUUCUUUACUCUGUAGGCACACCAAUAUCGGCAUCCUUCCAUCAAAAAGAGCAAUGGCAGAUCUUUCACAUUCUAACCAGUUAAUGAGCAAAGAAAAGCAAAGUAGGCUGGGAAAAUUCCUUGAGCGUAGCAUCACUGCACGAAGAAUUGUGCUAUUCAUUGCAAUGCUAGGGAUGUGUAUGCUCAUCGGAGAUGGCAUACUUACACCUGCUAUUUCAGUGUUAUCAGCAAUGGAUGGACUGAAAGGACCUUUCCCUUCUGUUCACAAAUCUGCUGUGGAAGCCUUGUCUGCUGUGGUCUUGAUUGUUUUAUUUCUGUUGCAAAAGUUUGGCACUUCUCGAGUUAGCUUCCUCUUUUCCCCUAUCAUGGGCGCCUGAACUUUCACCACCCCAAUUAUAGGUGUAUACAUUCGAUACUACCCUGGCAUAUUUAAAACCUUGUCACCACAUUAUAUAGUCUCUUUCUUUCUGAGGAAAGGAAAGGCGGGCUGGCAACUGCUUGGAGGCACUGUUCUAUGCAUUACAGGUGCGGAAGCUAUGUUUGCAGAUCUCGGUCAUUUCAACAAAAAGUCUAUUCAGAUAGCCUUCCUUUUCAGCAUAUACCCUUCAUUAGUCCUCACAUAUGCUGGGCAAACAGCAUAUCUUAUCAAACACCUUGAUGAUCACAGUGAUGGGUUUUACAAGUUCGUGCCAGGUCCAGUCUAUUGGCCCAUGUUUAUCAUUGCAACACUGGCAGCAAUUGUUGCAAGCCAAUCCUUAAUAUCUGCAACAUUUUCUGUUAUUAAGCAAUCAGUAGUCCUUGAUUAUUUUCCACGUGUUAAGGUGGUUCACACUUCGCAGUACAAAGAAGGCGAAGUCUACUCUCCGGAAACCAAUUACAUUCUCAUGUUUCUCUGUGUUGCUGUCAUACUUGGUUUCGGUGAUGGAAACAGCAUUGGAAAUGCUUUUGGUGUCGUUGUUAUACUUGUCAUGCUCAUAACAACAAUUCUAUUGACUCUGGUCAUGAUCAUCAUUUGGAGAACGCCACUUAUCCUUGCUGGCUUGUACUUUGUAUCCUUUUCCAUUCUAGAAGGGGCAUAUGUGAGUGCUGUUUUCAUUAAGUUUGUGGAAGGAGGAUGGCUUCCUUUUGCAGUUUCCACUAUCCUUGCAUCUAUAAUGUUUGGGUGGUAUUAUGGGAGGCAAAGAAAGCUUGAGUAUGAAAUGACUAACAAAAUAACUCUGGAAUGCCUUGGCAAGCUCUUGGCAAGGUCUGAUAUCCAAAGAGUUCCAGGUUUAUGCUUCUUUUACAGCAAUAUACAGGAUGGAUUGACUCCAAUACUUGGACACUACAUACAGAAUAUGCGCUCUCUCCAUAAAGUUACAAUCUUUACCACUCUCAGAUACUUGUUGGUGGCCAAAGUCGCUCCAAAUGAGAGAAUCAUCAUCAGGAAAUUCGGGCCUGAUGGGAUAUACGGGUGCAUGGUUCAAUAUGGAUAUGCUGACUCCCUUAACCCUGAGGAAGAUGACCUUGUGACCCAAGUUACUAAUAGCUUGCGAGCACAUAUUGAGAUGAACUCAGAUGGUUUGUCACCUGUUUCUAUUGCGGAGGAGAUCUUACAACUGGAGGCAGCAAAAUCAGUUGGUGUGGUGCACAUUCGGGGCAAGACAAGGUUUGACAUUGGUAGAGAAACCAGCCGGUUUGAUAGGAUCUUGCUAGGAUUCUAUGAGUUUCUGCACAGCAACUGUAGAUCUGCACUUCCUACUCUGGCAGUACCACUUCAACAGAGAAUGGAGAUUGGCAUGCUCUACAAGGCUUGAAUGAUAGUACAGAAUGUUAACCUUCUAUUUAUUCGGUAUGUGAUGCAAGCUUUUCAGCUUACUGGUAAUCUGAGUGAACGAUGAUACAUAAUAUAGUCCAUGCACUUGAGUACUGAUCUAAACUGCAUACAAAUGCCUUGACCUUUUCGGUGUUUUAGCAUCUGUGAUAGCAUAUAACCAAGUUGAAUUCAUAUAUUUACUUGGCAAGUUUGGGUUGG